AUGGAGAAUAGUGGCAGUUUGGAGCAAACUCUGCAAGACGGAAAUAUCUUGAGACAGCUCAAUGCUCUCAUCGUCGCUCAUCUCCGUCACAACAAUCUCUCACAGGCUGCAGGUGUGGUUGCUUCAGCCACGAUGACACCAUUGAAUGUUGAAGUUCCUCCAAACCGUCUUUUGGAGCUUGUUGCAAAGGGUCUUGCAGCGGAGAACAACGGGACACUGAGAGGUGUUUCUUCAUCAGUCUUGUUACCCUCUUCUUAUGGAUCAAUCACUACUUCUCGAACAGCUUCUAUUGACUUCAGUGUUACUCAUGUGAAGGGAUCAUCAAAGAUUCUCCCAAAGCAUGAAUCAAAGCAGCUAUCCGAGCACAAGAGCGUUGUUAGGUGUGCAAGAUUUAGUUCCGAUGGAAUGUUUUUCGCAACUGGCGGUGCAGACAUGUCAAUUAAGCUUUUUGAGGUGCCAAAAGUAAAACAGAUGCUUUCAGGAGAUACUCAAUCUCGACCAUUAAUACGGAGUUUUUAUGAUCAUGCUGAACCAAUAAACGAUCUUGAUUUCCACCCUCGGAGCUCAAUCCUUAUAUCCAGUGCCAAAGACAAGUGUAUAAAGUUCUUCGACUUCUCUAAAACGACAGCUAAACGAGCAAUCAAAGUUUUUCAGGAUACACAUAACGUGCGCUCUAUAGCUCUUCAUCCUUCAGGAGACUUUCUUCUUGCAGGAACUGAUCAUCCGAUUCCACAUCUUUACGAUGUAAACACACAUCAGUGCUUUCUUCCUUCAAAUUUCCCAGACAAUGGAGUAAAUGGAGCCAUUAACCAGGUGCGGUAUUCUUCUACGGGAUCUCUCUACGUCACAGCCUCAAAGGAUGGAGCUAUUCGACUCUUUGACGGGGUAAGCUCAAAGUGCGUACGCUCCAUUAGUGGUGCUCACGGAAAAUCAGAGGUCACAAGUGUAUUGUUCACCAGAGACCAAAGGUUUGUUCUGUCGUCCGGUAAGGAUUCUACGGUUAAGUUAUGGGAAGUAGCUUCAGGGAUAAUAGUAAAGGAAUACAUCGGAGCAAAGCGGGUAAAACUCCGGUCUCAGGCAAUCUUCAAUGACACGGAAGAGUUUGUAAUCUCCAUAGAUGAAGCAAACAAUGAGGUCGUUACAUGGGAUGCAAGAACCACAGAGAAAGUGGCAAAGUGGCCUUCGAACCAUAACGGUGCACCGCGCUGGAUCGAGCACUCUCCGGUAGAACCAGUCUUUGUUACUUGUGGAACAGAUAGAUCAGUUCGAUUCUGGAAAGAAUCCGUCUAG